UUCUCUCAUCUUUUUCCCACUGCAUAUUAAUACAGCCACAAACUAAGCACUGAUAACUUGCUAUAAAGCAUCCUGACGCAAACUUGCUAACCCAGUAAUAGAUCACUCGCCCAUUUCUAAGUAGGCAUGCAUACUAGUUUUAUUGAUUUAUGUGAGAUCUUUGAUACUAAUGUCUUGAAGGAUUUUUUGCAAAGUCGUUUUGGCAUUGCCUCCUCAUUCUCGUGUGCAUUAUUAUUUUCCUUUUUCUUCCCAAUCAUUUUCAGAGCUCUUCUCUACUUCCUACCCCUAAUAUUUUCCACUGUUACCUGCUUUAUGACUGUUUAUAUGCUUAUAUCAUUGGAGAAACAAGCAGCUAGGGAAAUUUUGAUUAUCAAUGGAGGGAAAAGUGAAUCUGGACUUCAUCAAAUUUAUGAUGAGGCGAACUUCAGCGUGUACAAGGAGGACAUUGAAGUUGCGUGCUUUGUCUUGAAGAGGAAAGCUGAGCUGGUUGAGGCUGGAACAGAUGGUGAGUGUGAGCAAAUUACUUUGACUGGAAAGCUACAGUUGAGGAAUAAGAGUAACACCUUCAUUGAGGACGAUUCAAGUGGAGAGAUAGAUAAUCUGGCUGAGGGAGUGUGGAACUGCUAUUUUGGAAAGUUCUCAAGAUGGUAUUAAACGGCUGUAAGUUUCGCAGUCCAAAUGAUGCAUUUUUCUACACUGGUUUCUUUGGUAAGGUUGAAUAUAACUAAACAUAUUUAGUCUUCCUUUGGAUGAAUAUCAUGGCAUAAUUAUUAAUGACCUUUGUAUUACUGAUCUUAGUUUACAAAUAUGAUGUCUUUUGUCUUUUCAAAAUUAAGUUUGCCAAUUACAGAUGAUUUAGCAUCCCAAUUUUGUGGCUGUGAUGCAUUGACCUCUCUCACUCACUAAGGUGACUGAUUUAUUUUAUGCUAAUAAUGCAGAUAUGUAUAUUGAGAUCAACACCUUUUGGUUUA